AUUGUCUUAUCUUUACAGAACUCGGAAAGUAAUAGCGAUUUCACCCCGGUAGUAACGGCAACGUGCAAGACGGGUAUCAUGUCAAUCAGGAUCAACUUCAGUCAGCCGUUUAAUGGCGUGACACAUGCCAGAGACUACAGAAAACCGGCAUGCAUGACUCUAGGAAAUGGAACGAACUCCGUAAGCUUCGACAUUAAUCUUAUGGCAGCGGUAGGAUCUCCCGACUAUUGUGGAGUUUUCUGGAACAACCGCACCGACGAACGAUCUUUGCCGCUGGCUGUCCGCGUGCAUCGAACACUCGAGCUUGCAGACGACAAGUUCUAUGUCAUCACAUGUGGCAAGGCCGGCUUCAGAAACGCGAGAAACGAAACAUCUCUCGUAUCUCUACGAAUGUUGAAUUCCAAUGGGCGAAAAGUGCUAAAUGCGGCUUUCAAUAUGCCGUAUACGCUUCGCGCGGAAAUCAGUAAAUCUGACGGUACUCACGGAAUACGCAUGAAGAAUUGUUUUGCUUUCAACAUGCGUAAUAAUACAGCUGAUCUUUUGGACAAACGAGGAUGUCCCACAAAAGAACAAUCACUGACGGUAAAAAUGGAAAAUGGAGCCGUGGAGUUGGGGAUAGCAGCCAUGUUUAGAUUUGCAGAUUCAUCGCAAGUCAACUUCCAAUGUGAUAUCGGUAUUUGUAAAGGCAGCUGUCAACCUGUAGACUGCACAUCGGAUGGCGCGGAACCAAAGGAUGAAGAAGGCUCCGUCACUACUUCAACUGGAAUAUUUGUGCUCGACCCCAACGACAGUGCCGUCGCAGCGCUAGCGUGCUCAGAGAGCGGCAUCCGUCCGCUCUGGCUGCUGUAUCUAGCGAUCGCGCUGGGAGUGAUGUUCCUCGUGAUGCUGCUCAUCAACUGCUUCCUCUGCACCGCUAUGACGUGCUCCUGCGCGCGAACUGAUGUAAUAGAGAAGGAUCCCUCUGUAGUGGAAGACUAUGACCCUUACCGCAGCUGGCACGGCAGCCAGUACGGCAGCAGGUACCCUUCCUCCACUAUACACUCAGCGAGAUCAGUAUCGGACAACAGCGACCACUACGCCAUAGUCCAAUCGAGACCGGGGAGUCGACACUCCGGCAUGCAUCGAAAUAGACAUUGAUGAAAAACUGAUUAAUGCAAUGUUAUGGUGACGCUUCAAAUCAAAAUUCUGUGUCAGUGCUCUGAAAAGUGAUAUCUUGUAUGUAUGAAAUGUAUAUAGUACUUUAAUAUAAACGUUACACUUAAUUGAUUAUUAUCGUUGGCGUAGUUACGAUUUUAAUUGGGGUCAUCUACAUGGAACGUAACGAUAAGUCAUUACAUGAAAACACUGCGUUGUUCCACUAUUUAUUUAACUCGACUUGCCCCUUCCUGCCCCAUGGAAAAAAUCUCAUAAAACAUGGACUAAUGCAGACCAAAUUCUCAUACCGAGUUAUGAGAGUCUAUGAGAUCUCAUAACGUGACUACGCCAAUGCUAAUUAUAUAGAAUACUGAAACUGACUUGUAAGCGGCAGCAUGUGUAAAAUCGAUUAAUAUUCUAAGUUUAAAUUUCUUUUUUGUGUUAAAUUUAUAGGGUAAAAUGAAAGGUAACAAUCACAAAAUAAUUAUGACUUAACUAUAGUUUAUCUUGUGCCAUUUAUUUUCAUAAUAAUAACAGCAAUUCAAUCAAAAUGUGAAGUGAAAAUAUUAUUUACAGUUAUUAAAGUACCUAUGUAUUUUAACUUGCCUAAGGAAAAUGCAACGAAUCCGUGCCGUAGUUUUAGAAUUUAGUAUGAAUUUAGAUUUCUAAAGAAAAGAUUAUUUUCGUUUUAGUUACAUUGUAGAAACGCCACUACUGCAACUAAGUACUUUAAUGUAUCAUAGAUACUAAAAUUCAAACUGCCGCUUAGAGCACGUAACUUUUUAUUAGUACAUAAAUAAUUUUAUUAGUACACGUAUUUCAAAUGUUACAAUUAUGAAUUGAUAUACCUAUAUAACAAUAAACUGCCGUAUGUUGGUGCUAUUGAUAACAUUGCGUGGUAGAUUUAACAUUUAAAGUUAUACGAAAAACUUAGGUGUAUUACAAUAAAAAAUACAUGAAAAAUUAUAUUUUACAAUUUUUAA